CUUACAUAAUUUGUUAGUCAUCUUGAUUUCUCCCCCUACUUUACUUACAGCCAAAUCUCUUUAUUUAUUUGCAACACCAUUCAUGACAUGUAAUCAAUCAUCAUCAUGUCAUCAAAGAAAGGGAAUAAAUCAAUAGUUGAAGCUGUGGAAGCUGAAACUAUGGUUCGCGAUUACUUACGUGAUCAAUAUCGUCCAUAUUCAAUUACAGAUUUAGUGCUUAAUUUACAUAAUCAAAUCACCAGAUCUGAUAUGAGUAUAAUCUUACAAACCUUAAUUGAAUCAGGAGAUAUUAUAAGUAAGACGUUUGGGAAAUUCACAUUCUAUUUAUAUAAGGAAAGAGAAGGUGAAGAGGUUGAGAUUGAUUCUAAUCAAUUGAUCAAAUUAUCAACUGAUGUGAAUAUGAUCAAUAGUCAACUUAAUCAAGUUAAACAAGAUUAUCAAAGGCUUUUACAAGCACCCAAUGAACAAACUUUGAAACAAGAGAUUAGAAAUAAGCAAUUAUCCAUAAGAGAAUUAGAAUCGAAGAUUGUUCAUUAUCAAUCUCAUUUAAGUAAACAAAAGACAACUUCAACUUCAUCAUCCCUUGAAAUGAUUAAAUCUCAUUAUAACAAGUUGAUAACUAUUAAUAAUGAUCGUAAAAAGAUUGUAUGUAUAGUCAUCUACUCUAAACUAUACCAUAUCAGAACUCUCUACUAACAACUCUCUACAGUUAAUUAACUUUUUGGAUAUGUUUAGUGAGAAUUCACCUGAAACAGAUAUGGUUAAACUUUUAGUAAGUUCUACAUCUAAUUAACAAUUAUAAUUAAUGAUACAUAUACGUACUAUACUAACUAUUCUUUAGAAUGAUAUAGGGAUUGAUAAUGAAGAAUUCAAUCACUGUAAACAACAACUGAAUUUUGAAAAGUAUUGAACUCCGUUGAACUUAAUUCCCUAUUGUUUGAUACUGUUUGAUACCGCCUCUCUUUUUUUAAGUAUGAUAUCAUCAGUUUAAAGUGCCAGCAGAAUCAUACAGCAACAGAAAAAAAAAAAGAAGGAUAACAUUCUUUUGAAACAAAAAGCUUAAUUCAACUUCAAGAUAUACAGUUACUAACCACCACAAUCAGG